AUGGCAGACCAACAUGAGGUCGACCUCGAGUCCAUAAUCGAUCGGCUACUCGAGGUGCGAGGCAGCCGACCUGGAAAGCAGGUUCAGCUCCUCGAGUCUGAAAUUCGGUAUCUCUGCACCAAGGCCCGCGAGAUCUUCAUCUCACAGCCCAUCCUUCUGGAGCUUGAGGCUCCCAUCAAGAUCUGCGGUGACAUCCACGGACAGUACUAUGACCUACUCCGUCUCUUUGAGUACGGUGGCUUCCCCCCGGAGGCUAACUACCUCUUCCUCGGCGACUAUGUCGACCGUGGUAAGCAGUCGCUCGAAACCAUCUGCCUGCUCCUCGCCUACAAGAUCAAGUACCCCGAGAACUUCUUUGUCCUCCGUGGUAACCACGAGUGCGCCUCUAUCAACCGUAUCUACGGUUUCUACGACGAGUGCAAGCGCCGCUACAACAUCAAGCUCUGGAAGACGUUUACCGACUGCUUUAACUGCCUGCCCAUCGCUGCCAUCAUCGACGAGAAGAUCUUCACCAUGCACGGUGGCCUCAGCCCGGAUCUGAACUCGAUGGAGCAGAUCCGCCGCGUGAUGCGACCCACCGACAUCCCUGACUGCGGACUUCUGUGCGACCUCCUGUGGUCGGACCCUGACAAGGAUAUCACCGGCUGGAGUGAAAACGACCGAGGUGUCUCCUUCACCUUUGGACCGGACGUUGUAUCGCGCUUCCUGCAGAAGCACGAUAUGGACCUCAUCUGCCGCGCUCACCAGGUUGUCGAGGACGGAUACGAAUUCUUCUCCAAGCGCCAGCUCGUCACGCUGUUCAGUGCCCCCAACUACUGCGGCGAAUUUGACAAUGCGGGUGCCAUGAUGAGCGUCGACGAGAGCCUGCUCUGCUCAUUCCAGAUCCUGAGACCGGCUGAGAAGAAGCAG